CUCUUGACUGGAAUACAAAUGUUAGGCCUGGCUGUUUGUAACUGUGUAUUGUCUGCUGCAUUUUCUGCAUGGAGUCGCUUCCUCCUGAAGUCUUGCAAAUUAUUUUAUGCUGCUUAGGAGGACAAGAUUUUGUCAAAUUCAGAACUGUUUCUAAAUGGACCCGUGCUGUUUCAAGUGACUUAGAGGAAAGAGCCAAACCCACUAUUUGGCAAAAGUUUGUGUUUAGUGAUUUUCUUCAGCCUUGUGUGGAAUCUGUUGCUCCCUGGGUCUACUCCAGUGAUGUCAAUGAUGUAUUAUUAUGGAAGGAGCUUUACAUCAGACUUCACAGAACAUGGCAACUAACAAGAGUAGGGAGAAAGGCUAAAAUAAUAAACAACGAACAUUUCUCAGAGGGUGGUGUUAAACUGGUGUCUGAUGUCAAGUUUAUUUAUGGUUUUUUAUUUCUCAUCUCCACUGACCAGUGUGUCAACUUAAUGGGUAUAGCAGACCAGCUGAGAUUGAGGGCUCAUUGCAAAGACACAGAUUGGAUUUCUCCGUUGUCACUAGAGGAUGAUAUGUUGCUAGCCCCUGUCACUCUAGUUCAAAGAGGAAAUGACAACUAUUCAGUGGUGUUGAAAUCUUCAGCUAGCAGUACUUCCAAGGAUGAGGAAAUUGAUGACGUAGAUUUAGAAGUUUGUGAACCGCCUGAUAAUUUUGCCAAAAGUGUUGGUUUAAGUGUUUGGACUGACACUUGCAUAGUGUACCAAAAGCAGUUUCUCUUUGAUGAAGAGAAAUUUAAGAUGUAUAAUUAUAAAGACAUUAACAUGACAUUAAACAGGAUUAUCACAUUGUCAUCACCAGUAACUGAGGUGCUAGACCUUUCAUACAAUCAAGAUAGAAUUGCCUUGAUUACUGCACAGCAAAAGAUUUGUUUGUUCUCCAAUUUGUCUACACACAGUGUUCCUGUUUUUGAGUUUUCUUUGCCUCAACCAGCCACUAAAAUACAAAUGUUAGGAGAUUUCAUUCUUUGUUUAAUGGGUGAUGGUGUACUUGAGACAUGUCAAGUGAUUACAGACAAAGACAAUAAAAUAUCUCUAUCAAAGUGGACACAAAUGGACCUGAGUGGCCAUGCAGUCUUACAGGAUCAAGAUGUCUUUAUUUAUGUGGUAGACUUUGUUUUGCAAGGGCAUAUAUUUGCAUUUACUACAAGAUAUGGCCUUGUGUUUGUUAGCUAUAUGGACACAUUAACCCUUUCCUGCCUUCUCCGAAACUUGAAGUGUGUUCAUCAAUUACAUUUGGACUCCACUGGGUUUAUUUUCAAUAUGGCAGUUGACCAGCAACAUGGACCUAAGUUUGCAAUCAUUGAACGCUACUUUGAUGAAAUCCAGUGGGUCUCAAAAGUGCAUGUGUUUGAAUUGGGCUGAUUUGUCAGUAUUUAUUUAGCUUUACAUCUUCAAAAUAUUUUUAUAAUUUAGUCACUUACCUCCCUUUUCCACUAAAUGUAGAUAUUACAUUUUAUUGGAAGAAACAAAAAUGUAUCAAAAAUACUUUAUCCAUUUGUUGAUGGUUAUAUAAGUAAAAAUCUGCCAGUAUAUGUAGACUGAAAAAUAACUUCUUCCAGUUUCUUUCUUUAUAAAUGUAUAUCAAAAUUACGCACAGAUGUGUCAGUCUGAAUCUUUACCCAAUAUCAUAAAUAUGAUCUUGAGUCAGAUUUAUACAAAAGCAUUGCAUACAAUAUUGCUAGAGAAUGGCAAAAUUAAAGUAAAAGUGAUCAAAGUAAAAAUGGGAAGAUGAUGUAAAUGUCAUCUGUUUCUGUGGCCCAUGUUUUAGGUAUUCAUGUGGCCAGCAUAACAACCAACCGCCUUACUUUGCCCAACUAAUGUCAGGCACCCAUUAGAGCUGGGUGGACUCAGAGGCACCCUAAAGAUUCCAAAAUUAAAAUUCUCAAGUCCAGGAUUCGAACACGGGACCCUUCUGUUUAGAAGUCAAGCGCUUUACCACUCAGCCAUUGCGCCUCUGCUGAAACAGUUUCUUAUAUGCUAAAUAUUUAUUUCUGUACAAUUUGUUUUAACUUUCAUAAGUGGACAAAUAAAGUUGAGCAUCUUUCAUCUUUUACCUUGUAUUCCAUUGAGAGCCUUCUUUUGGAUUGUCCAUACAUGUUAUUUCUAUGAAGGUACCUUAGGCUAUCUUCAAUAGAUUUUGUUUCAGAUUUUUUUGUUAAUGUAAUUUGUAAACUAUUUU